UUGCUCUCUUGGUCCGAGGUGCAUUUUGCAUAACAUUGAUGUGACUUGAAGCGUGCCGCGAGAUUUAUCGGCUAUUCGCAGUGAAAUUGUGCAAUAAUUUGAAACAUUUUUAUAUAGGACAGAAGAUAGGGAUUCGACUUGUGUGGAAAUGGCACCGAUAAGAUUGCGGGGAAAAAACUACGCUUUCCUCAUAGGCGGACUUGUGGGGCUGAUUGGAUUAGCUUGCUAUCCGAUCAUCGUUCACCCAAUGUUGUAUCCGGAGGAAUAUCGAAAAGUUCAGAAAAUUAACCGAGCAAACCUCCAACAAGAGGAAAUUCAACCGGGAAAUAUGAGAGUGUGGAGUGAUCCUUUCAAACCCAGAACAGAUAAGCCUGAAUAGUUCUUGGAGGAGACUGUUAAAUAGGUGGAUAUUUUUUUGUAAUAUAUGUUAAUUUGGUUUUUAAAUAAACAUCAUAGUAUUAAAUU